ACUUCCAAAAAUAUUUUUGACAGACUUUCAGAUGCAGAUUAGUUGGUUUCUCUGCGGAUUUCAGUUGAGAUGGACACUAUGUUCAUGUUAUGAUAAGUUUGAUGUGUUUAUAUGUACUUUUAGUCGGAAUAAUCGGCAUGACGACUCCGGUUGAUUCAAAAUAUGGCUUUUCAACGCAUGAGGAGACUCAACCUCCGGCUCGGCUCAAGGAACGAAAAACACCUGUAUCCCCUUUACCUUUUAGUGUGGAAGCCAUCAUGUCGAAGAGAAGGACUCAAAGUGAUGUAACAACCCGACAAAUUGGUACAAUAAUCACCUCUCCCUUGGGGAAUUACGCUAUAUCGAUGUCCACAGAAGCCAGAAGUUCAGAAGAGGUUUCAUACAACCCGUCUUCUUCACCGGUUAAAUCUGAGACAUCGGAGUUCGGGGACUGUGCGUCGUGGAAGUCCCCAUCACGGUCUAAGUUGUCUCAAUCGCUCAACCAGCUCAGUCCCUCCACCUGUUCCCUGAGAAAACACAAGAUCAACAGGAAGCCACGGACCCCGUUCACCACCACCCAGCUCUUGUCCCUAGAAAGGAAGUUUAAUCAGAAGCAAUAUCUGUCCAUUGCAGAGCGUGCCGAGUUCUCCUCUUCCCUCUCCCUUUCGGAGACCCAGGUUAAGAUCUGGUUUCAGAACCGACGGGCUAAAGCCAAGCGAGUGCAGGAGGCUGAGGUGGAGAAACUUAAAAUGGUCGCUGCCGGGGUGUCCAAACCCGGGUACUAUCACCCUGGCUUUUCCUCACUGCCGUUUCCUCUCAGCGUGAGUCUGGGCGGUGGCGUGGGAGGGGUGUCAGGGCUUUAUGGACAAGGGUACCCCUUUACACACACCACCCUGAUACCAACAACACCACAUCUGAGGAUGUACACUUCACCUGUGGCGUAUGGAUUGUUCAACUUGUCCUGAGAUGUUUUAUCUCUGUGCGACAGAGACAUAUAAGCCAUUAAAUUAUACCCUAAAUCUCAGGUGUACCUUGAAUAUACAGGAGUGUGCUGGACCAACUUUGCUGUAUUCGAAAGACGUGGAGUGGGCCUGGUUGUACUAUAUGUUCCUUAUGCCUGGAUUGGUAGGGGAGUUCCAACACCACUCUUAAUACAAGCUCCAUGCCAGUGCAGGUAGUUUACAGUAUAGUGCCUCCUGCAUUGCCAUGUUGUAUUAGCCAAAGUUUGUUGGAUUGUCCCUAGGAUAUUGAUCUUGUUCUCCUGUGUAUCAGAUCAUUUCCGUUAAUACAUGAUUAGUUCUAUAACUAAAUAAAAUCCGUUCUGAU